CCUCUCUGCACAGGAAUAGGAAGUAUGAAGAGCACAGGAAAAAAAAACACAGAUCCACAUCUCACAGCGACAGAACUGAGCGUAAACCACAGGGAGCCUCGUUCUGGUGCAGGUGGCACCAAAAGUAACUCGGCACGCUGUUCUUCUGAAAAGAGAGCGAGUAUAUCUGAAGAGUUUCUGGUUGUAAAGAGAUGAGUGAGUCACUGGAGAGGACCACAGACUGUCCCCUGCCUCUUCUUGGAAACGACUCCAGGCCGGAGGAGGAGAAAGACGACCAGACGGCCUCGAGCGAGUUGAGCUGGGAGGAUGGCGGUCUCCCUGUGGAGCUGCAGAGAGGCAUGGAGACCCUCAGAGUGAACAGAGAACUCACUGAUGUUGUGCUGUGUGUUCAGGGACACGACUUCCCCUGCCACCGAGCCAUACUCGCUGCAGCCAGUCAGUACUUCAGGGCGAUGUUUUGCAGCGGCCUGAGGGAGAGCCAUGAGGAGAGUGUGGAUAUAAAAGGAGUGGACAGUGGGACCAUGCGCUCUCUUCUGGAGUACACCUACACCAGCAGAGCCCUCCUGACACACUCCAAUGUGCAGAAAAUACUAGAAGCUGCCAGUCAGUUCCAGUUCAUGCGUGUGGUGGACGCGUGUGCUUCCUUUCUGAGCCGGUCUCUGCAACUCGAGAGCUGCGUUGGAAUCCUGAAUCUCGCCGAGAGCCACGCCCUGCCGUCCCUGAAGUCCAGGGCUCAGGACUACAUCGCGUCUCAGUUCUCCCAGGUGAUCGAGCAGCAGGACUUCCUGGAGCUGCCCGCUGAGUCUCUGGAGAGCGUCCUGCAGAGGGACGACCUGGAUGUGAAGCGUGAGGAGAGCGUGUUGGAGGCCCUCAUGCGCUGGGUGAGAGCCCGGCAGGACGAGCGCGCUCCUCUUUUGGCCCGGUUGCUCCUACAUGUGCGACUGCCGUUACUGGAGCCUGCGUACUUUGUGGAAAAAGUGGAGUCGGAUGAACUGAUCCGAGGCUGCAGCGAGGCUUUCCAUUUGUUGCAAGAGGCCCGCAUGUAUCACCUGUGUGGCAGGGAGGUGGUCUCUGAACGCACCAAACCCCGGGUUCAGCACUUUCUAUCCGAGGUGUUUCUGAUAAUCGGAGGCUGCACUAAAGACGAACGCUUCAUCUCCACCGUCACCUGUCUGGACCCCCUCAGGCGCAGCAGGCUGGAGGUCGCACGGCUGCCGUUCACAGAGAUGGAGGACGAAUCCCAAAACAAAAAAUGGGUGGAGUUUGCUUGCAUCACCUUUCGCAAUGAAGUUUACAUAUCAGGGGGUAAGGAGACACAGCAUGAUGUUUGGAAAUAUAACGGCGCCCUGGACAAGUGGAUCCAGAUCGAGCCCCUGAUCACUGCACGCUGGAGACACAAGAUGGCCGUUCAUGGGGGGAAGGUUUACGCGCUCGGUGGCUUUGAUGGUGUUCAGAGGCUCGCGAGUGUCGAGGCCUACGAUCCGUUUCACAACCGCUGGACACAGGUGACGCCUCUUGCAGUAGCUGUUAGCUCCUUUGCUGCAGCUAGCUAUGACAGACGGAUCUAUGUGAUUGGUGGAGGGCCCAAUGGAAAGCUGGCGACCGAUCAGGUCCAGUGCUGGGAGCCCGGGACGGACUGCUGGGAACUGCGGGCCCCCAUUCCCAUCGACACCAAAUGUACCAACGCAGUGACAUUCAAGGACUGCAUCUAUAUCGUUGGUGGUGCCAUGAAUGCCAUGUAUUGCUACUCACCUGUGUCAGACUCGUGGUCUCUUGUGACCCGUCUCGGGGAGAGAGCGAGCUGUGCCAUCGCCGCCUGCAACAACAAACUCUUCAUCACCGGUGGACGAGAUAACAAAAACCAAGUCAUCUCCACAGUGAUGUGCUGGGAUGUCGGCCAGGGGCUCCUCACAGAGGAGUGUGUUUUACCUCUGGGAGUGUCACAUCAUGGCAGUGUGACCCUCAUGAAGUCCUACACACACAUACACAGAGUGAUGCCUGCAGACUGUCAGUGACACAGGCUUCUGUUGCUGAUAGAAAGACUGAAAAGGAAAAGUCAAGGGGAGUCAUGAUGAAGUAUUCAUGUGUGUUCAUUUUGUGUCACAUUGUCACUUUCAACUACUGUCAAUCAAUAUGUUUAAACCUUUAGCAGAACAAUGUCAGAUUUUAACUUAAAUUGUAUAAAUUGGAACUUUAAAUCAACAUCAUUGCAAAGCAGUGCAUGCCCUCAAUGAUUCCUCAAGAUUAAAUAAAAGUUGAAUGAAUGAA